CAGCCCUGAUGAUUUGCAGGUGACGCUGCAAAUAAAAGCCAGCGCUCCCUGUUGUCCGUGUGUAAGGAAAUGGCGCUGUCCCUACUGGAGCGAGUACAGUCAUGGCUGUUCAGGGCGCUCAUGGGAGCCCUCUUUGGGCUUUUUCAGGCGCUUUCUUCCCGGACUUGCGACCGGAGGAAGCUUCCUCCUGUUGAAAACCCGCUGCUGACCUUAUCCGCGGUGCAGCUUGCGCGGAAAAUUCGACGCAGAGAGGUGACCAGUCUGGAGGUAGUGCAGGCGUACAUUGACCGAAUCCAGGAGGUCAACCCCCUCAUCAACGCAAUGGUCAAAGACCGGUUUGCGGCGGCCCUGCAGGAGGCCUCUCAGGUGGAUAAGCUGAUCGAGGAGGAGACCGGGGGGGAGGAGGUCCUGGCUGACCGCCUGCCCCUCCUGGGGAUCCCCCUCUCCGUCAAGGAGUCCUUCGCCCUGCAGGGCAUGCCCCAGACCACGGGGCUGGUGUCCCGGCGCGGGGUGGUGGCGGUCGUGGACGCCCCCCCCGUGGCCCUGCUGAAGCGGGCGGGGGCCAUCCCCCUGGGGGUGACCAACACCAGCGAGCUCUGCAUGUGGUCUGAGUCGCACAACCACCUGUACGGCAUCACCAGGAACCCCUACGACCUGGAGAGGGUCCCGGGGGGCAGCUCAGGAGGUGAGGGCAGUCUGCUGGCAUCGGCCGGGGCCGUGAUCGGGGUGGGCUCGGACAUCGGAGGCAGUAUUCGUAUGCCCUGCUUCUUCAACGGCAUAUUCGGCCAUAAAACCACUUCAGGACUGGUGUCCAGCGACAACCAGCACCCGCCCGUCUCGGGCCGCUUCGAGGAGUACCUGAGCCUGGGGCCCAUGUGCCGCUACGCCGAAGACCUUCUGCCCAUGCUCCAGAUCAUGGCCGGACCCAACGCCCACAGGCUGUCCCUCUCUGAAAAGGUGGACCUGAAGAAGUUGCGCUUCUUCACCGUCCCUCACGACGGCGGCUCGGUCAUGACCUCGCCCGUGGACAGUCAGCUCCUCCAAGUCCAGAGACAGGUGGUGGAGCAGCUGGAGGCGGACCUAGGGGUCAAGGUGGAGGAAGUGAUGUUCCACGAGCUGCGCUACGCCUUCCAGAUCUGGGACACCUACAUGGGCCUGCCGGACGACGAGGGGGCGCCUCCUCAACGGUUCGGUGAUUUGCUGGGCACUCCUGGGCAUCCCGUGCGGCCGGUGUGGGAGCUGGUGAAAUGGAUGGUGGGAAAAUCGGAUCACACCAUGGCCGCCAUCGGCCUGGCCAUGAUUGAGAAGGCCCAGCCGGCGGUCGCCCCCGCCUCCAUCCUGCGCCACAAGGAGAAGCUGCAGCGGGAGGUGGAGGAGCUGCUGGGGACGGACGGGGUCCUGCUGUACCCCACCCACCCCAACGUGGCCCCCAAGCACCACCACCCGCUCUUCAGGCCCUUCGACUUCGCCUACACCGGCAUCAUCAACAUCCUGGGGCUGCCAGUGACCCAGGUCCCCCUGGGGCUGAGCCGGGAGGGCCUCCCCAUGGGGGUACAGCUGAUCGCGGGGAAGCUGCAGGACCGCCUCCCCCUGGCCCUGGCUCUCCACCUGGAGAAGGCUUUCGGUGGUUGGAGGGACCCGGGGGCCAAAUGAAGACCGCACCGCUACCAGCAACACACAAAUGUCUGGACGCACACAGUUGGAACUAGGUGUGUGUGUGUGUGUGUGUGUGUGUGUGUGUGUGUGUGUGUGUGUGUGUGUGUGUGUGUGUGUGUGUGUGUGUGUGUGUGUGUGUGUGUGUGUGUGUGUGUGUGUGUGUGUGUGUGUGUGUGUGUGUGGUUCCCUGCGAUGCUCUCUCAGGGUCGCACAGUUGGAUUUUAGAUGGGAAUGUAACUCACACGCCGUAGUGUAAACGUUGUACACUGAAUAAAUCAAUCAGCACUAUGAAUGUCAACACGGAUAUAAGUCUGAUUUGCACUCAGAUGCAAGCACGUGUUGGGUGAGAAAAGAGAGCAACCCAAAUUAGAAAAAGAAAUCCAAUGCUCUCAGAAAUGAAGGGUUGAAUAAAUGCAUUCUUUGGAAGUGUCUCCGGGAUCACAUAUUGUGGUAAUGUAGACUUUGUGACUGAGUAGAAGUGAUUUUAGAAGUGAUUUUUAUUGUGUUCAUCAAUGUGGUUUAAUUUACUUUGUAUUUUUCCUACUUUGAUUCAUGUUUAUUUUAGAAUUGGUCUGGUUAAGUUAUGUUGGAGUUUGAAGUUGGUGUUUUUUAGGCAGACGUCGUUUCAAAAAGUUAAUUCUAAUGACGUGCUGAUAUACAAAAUCAUUUAACGUGGAAAAUGUAUUAAUAAUGAAAGACUUUUUAUAAAGUUGUGCGUCUUCGGGGCUGGCCUGUCAAUCAGUCUCUACAAGCCAUCGAUUGGCCCGAACAGCAAUUAAAUAUGCAAAACGGAGCAGUCCAUUCAGUCCUUCCGUCUAUUUCCUCUGAGCGCUGGGCUUCAUUCCAAACCUACAUCCUAUUCCUAUUGGAAAUCAUGCCAUGCGUGGUGUUGAUAUUAAAUUGUUAUC